UAUAACCUCGGUAUACUUUUGUCUAUUUCAGUAUUUUUGCCUAAGCCACCGCUCCUAGGAAAGCCAACUGGCGAACACAAAGGAUCUAUUAAAGUGAUACCUACAUAUAUUAGAUGUUCUAGCCUUGAGCAUUUCCGCGAAAUGUCCGCCGUGAGCCCCAACUCUUGUGUGGAGACGCCCAAGGCGCCGGAAUGGCUAUCGAAGCUGGAGAGUCGUCGGGAGCAACUGAAGCGCUCCAAGCUGGGUCACGAAGCCGGAGCUGGAGCUCCGUGUGCCGAGUGCAAGGACAAAUGUCCGGGGCUGGAUCUGCACUUCUGGCGCAAGGUGUGCCGGAACUGCAAGUGCCCCAAGAUUCAGCAUGUGUGUCCGGACGACGAUGACGCCACUGGUUGGGCGCAGUUCGAGAUUCUUGGCCAGAUCAGGGCGAAACCAGCGUAUAUCAAAAUCAAAGCCCUGGCCAGUCAACCCGUGCAGCUGGAGUGGGUGCCGCCUAAUGCCGCUCCGGAUGUGGUCACUGAUUAUAUGGAAAAACUGGGCACCGCCCAAAUACCUGUGGCUGGAAGCGAUGCCGCCCUCAAGCGGAAAAUGCAACUCGAGCUGCAAGUUCCACCUCACGACCUCGAUGCCGCACUGUGCGAUGGAUUAACGGAAACUGAGGCCAUCCAGCUGCAGCAAUACGUUCAGAAAUUGAGGGAGCAGUGCGUCGGACAGGGCGUAGUUGUGCGCCUGGGAGACCGUCUUAAUCACGCCCAAGUGGAGCACGUAGCUCCCACUUUGAUGCCUUCCCAGGAGGCGGAAAAGACCUGGAAAUCUAUGGGGCUCCUGCCAGUUGCUGAUGACACUCUAAACGAACUGCUUGCUAAUCCCAAGGUGGCCCAGGCGUUGGCAAGCCCAGCGAGUGCCCAUCCCAAACUACUGGUUGCUUUUUCAGAGCCUCUAUGCGAAUCGACAGCCCAGUUCGAGGAAAAUGGAGCUUUGCAAGCCCAGACUAGAGAAAAGCUUUUGGGAAUUAGCAAGCCGGCUCUGCUCAGCCUUGUGACUCAUGGUGUUGUGUAUGACAAGGUUCUGGGAAUAUUACAGGAAAAGAAGCUGAACAUCUCGAGGGAUCCAAAGCUUGGCCCCAUUGCUGAAUUUCGAAAGGAGUAUGUGAACAAUCCGCAGUUCAGAGCCGACAUCAACACCAUCUGUCCUCAGCCGCCCAUGACGCCCAUAAAAUCAUCUCCUGGUACACCUUUUAAUUCUCCAUUGCCGUUGAAAAACCCAGUGCAGAUCAGAAUGGGAGCUCAGAUGCGCCAGGAUACGCCUAUGCGAAGGGUAAAGUUUGGCGGGGUCUCCACCAUAGUUUACGACUGCGGACUGCCUGCCAACACGGACUACGAUCGUGAUCCUGUCUUUGCGCAAAUACUUCAUGCGGAGCCGCUUAAACAUGCAUUCCAGGAAGCGCGUGCUGGACGUGCUCCCUCCUCGGUGGUUAUCUCCAACAUCCCAGCUCCAGUGGCAAGUCUGGCGGAGCUUAGAGGUCUCAACCCAGCCACGAGGGCUCAACUUCAAUCCGUGGGGCUUGAUAAGAACAUGCUGCAGUCCGCUGUUUCCAACGCACCUUAUUAUGACCGCCUGUUCCGUUCGCUUCAGGACAAGGGCAUCUCACAUGACCAAUGCCAGUUGCUGCAGCCAAUGAAACAAGUGCAUGACUGGCUGCUCGAUGACGAUCAGUUGCUGGACGAGAUCGACAAGGUCUUUGCCGAUAUGGCUAAUGGCUGCAAGGAUAUUUCCUACCCGAAACCCAGUCUUGGCGAACUGCCCACAUCGCAAAGCAGUGAUUCUGGCUUCCACUCAAAGCCACCCACACCGGGCUACGGCAGCGAGGAUCUUACCGCUGGGCAGGGCAGAUUCGCCAGCAUUCCUGGCAUUGAGGACAUGAACAUGUACCCAAGUUGCGCCGGCAUGCCGGAACAGUUCCAGCAGCUACGUCUUCGCGGGGAUGAAGCUUCAGGCAAGGACACUCAUCGUACAAUUUUGUGCGCCGACUGCAGCCAACCGAUCGCCAUGGGCGAAGUUGUAGUUAAGGCAGAUCGAGCAGGAAAGGAGAUAGCCUGGCAUCCCGGCUGUUUUAAGUGCAUCACAUGCCGGGAGCUCUUGGCCGACUUGGUCUACUUUUUCCACCAAGGACAAGUUUUUUGCGGUCGCGAUUUGGCCAUCAGGCUGAAGAUUCCGCGGUGCCGUGCCUGUGAUGAGCUGAUCUUUACCAAGGAGUACACAGCCGCGGAGGAAGCAACGUUCCACAUCAAGCACUUCUGCUGCUAUCAGUGCGAUGAGCCGCUGGCCGGUCAGCAGUAUAUAGCGGAUGAGAAGUCCAACAUGCCCCUCUGCCUGCUGUGCUAUGACCGCUUAUUUGCCGUCCGCUGCCAGCGAUGCAAAAUUGCGAUUGGACCCGCAGAUCAGGGCGUCGCUUGGGGCGAUGUCCACUGGCAUGCCAGUUGCUUUGUUUGUGCUGGAGCCCAGUGCUCCAAGCCGCUUAUAGGUGGACGUUUCUGCGUCAAGGAGAACAUGCCCUUUUGCAGUCCGACCUGUGUGCGUAGCUUGAUUAAGUAAGGCGGGCAAUCAACCACAACAGUAUUUUCACAUUUCCAUACACAAAGGAUGAUCAAAGACAUAAUCAUCGGAUUUUUGAUGGUGCACUAUUUACAAUAUUUAAUAACUAGCUAGUGAUCAAUAGAUGCCACAGACUCAAAGUGCCUAGAAUAGACUUGAAUUUAAAACGCCAAUCAAACUAGAACCACGGAUUCCGAUUUUGUUAGCAUUCAUUUAUUUUAUAAAACACCUUACGUGUCUCAAGAUUUUAUAGACCCCAUUCACCAAACUUAAAAAGGCAAAUACGAAUUUGGGAUCUUUUAAGUGUGCAACCGAUAAAUUUGAUUGGCUUUUAAAAUAAAACCGACGCCUAAAUAUUUACAAUUCCAACCGCCUUUGCAGUGCCAAUAGACCAAGUAGAGUAUAUAGAAAUAUUUUAUAUAUAAUAUACACAGAUCUAUUUACGUAUUGAAAAGUAUUAUGUAUACAGGAAACGCACAAUUUUAAAUAAAGCUUUUACUCGAAACAAAA